AUGGGGGGAAUUGGAAAGACAACUUUGGCUACGCAUAUCCACAAUCAGCUUCAAGAGAAACCAGACAUUUUUCCUCGUGUUUGUUGGAUUUCUGUGCCUCAAGAUUUUAGCGUUCACGCAUUGCAGGAUCUCAUUGCCGAAGCUUUUGGUUUAUAUCUUGGGAAUGGAAAAGAUCUGGUGAAUAGAGCCGGGGAGCUGUGGACAACAUUGAGUGUGACAAAAUGUAUCAUUGGACACAUGUCGAAAAAUGGAUUGCCAAAGGAUAAUCAAAGUGGAGCCUCUUUCUAUGGUGAGGCUUGGGAUUUGUUCAUAGACAGAUUAGGGUGUGGUGUUACACUUUGUCCUGAAAGGAAAAAAACUGCAGUGUCUAUUGUGAAGAAGUGUUCUGGUUUGCCUCUCGGAAUCAUGACAACGGCUGCAAGCAUGAGGGGAGUGGAUGAUGUAUCACAGUGGAGAGAUGCAUUGCGGGAACCGGCAAACAAGAAGAUCAGGAGAGAGGACUUGAUAGAGUAUUUGAUUGAUGAGGGUAUAGUCAAGGAAAUGGGGAGUAGGCAAGCACAAUUUGAUGGGGGCCAUACCAUGCUUAAUCAACUUGAAAAUGCCAGCUUAUUAGAAGGUUCCAGGGAUGAUGAAAAUUACAGAUAUGUCAAGAUGCAUGAUUUAAUUAGGGAUAUGGCUGUGAAAAUAAUGAAAGAAAGCGGGGGUGAUAUGGUUCAAGCAGGUGCACAACUAACAGAAUUACCCGAUGAAAGAUGCUGGAGAGAGGAACUAAACUACAAAUUGAAUUUGGUUGCGGAUUCUUUUUUCCAGUAUCUCAUCGGACUCAAGGUUCUUGAUCUUUCCGACACAAAUAUAGAGAAGUUGCCGGAUUCUAUUUUUCAUCUGACGAGUCUCACUGCAUUGUUGCUGGGAUGGUGUGCAAAGCUGAGUUAUGUACCAUCAUGGGAGAAGUUGGAUCUCAGUUACACUGGACUUGAAGAUUUGCCCGAGGGAAUGAAAAGGCUGAAGGAUCUCAGUUAUCUUAAUCAUGAUUAUGUGAAACAACCUAAGCAUUGUUGA